CACACAUACACGUACAUAUCUCGCGUGUGAGCGAAUAAAAGCGGAAGAAAGGUGCGCAAGAAGGGCGAGACGAGAACGCGCGCGCGAGAAAAGUGGCCAAAAAGGGAAGGAUUGUCCAUUUCCGGAGGCGGAGACUUCCUGCCGCGCUUUUCCCUUCCCUCUCUUAAUUCCCCCCUCCCCUCCCCCGGCCCCCUCGUCGUCACUUGUAUCACGUAUACGAUCACGAAGUGCCCACGCGACGCGACGUGCGUGCACCGUGGCACCGUGAAGGCGCACGUAACGGAGCUGCGCGGCGCCACUUCUCCAAAGCGCAGCCACUCGAGCGCGCACGUGUGCACGGCACUACACGGGAUGCUGCGGCCGGCCGCGCGGUAACGGACGGAGCUGCGCGAUUAUUCCGCACGCCAGAUAUACGCAAAGGCGAGGGCGAUCCCUCUCGAUCAAGCGCGCCGCGCCGAAUCGCAACGGCGGAUCUCGCGUGUAAUCAUUAGAUACAGUGUUGCUCUCGCGUGUGACGAGAGAGCCAGUGGACUCUCGCGUAAACAACGUUAAUUUAGCCAAAGCCUUCAUUGUACGGAAAAUAGGCACUCUGACAGCCAGCAGGAGGGAGAGAAAGAGAGAGAGGCAGAUGACAGGAAAGUAGAAUUAUAUGGAUGUCUGGAUAGCGAUACAAAGGAUUCAUAGACGCAACUCCAGGCAUAAGGAAUAACAAUCGCCGUUAUCUCAUUUGAGUGAGAACAAACGUCCGAUUCUCGGCAAGAGAUCCGAUCAUUGUGACAAGGGGAGAUCCCAUCUUUUCAUCCAUUAAUAUGAAGAUAUUAGCGAAACAUUCGAGCAGAAAUAAUGAAGAAAGGAGAACAACAAGUAGUGAAGAUGAGAGUGGAUCUGUGUCAUCAAAUUCGAAGUCCAAAACUAUAAGUGGGCGGAUGAAACCGACAUGCGGGCGAUGCCGUGUUCACGGAUCGAAAAAUGUUCCACUCGACAAACAUAAGCCGGUCUGCCCAUAUCGAGAGUGCAAAUGUGCAUUAUGCUAUGUUUUUCUGGCGAAUCAGAGAUUAUCGGCGGACAAGAUAGCUCUGAAGCGAGCGCAAGAUACGAUUAAAGCCAAAAAAUAUAAUCCUUAUGAGGUGUUACCAACAUUGCCUAUGUUUUUCACCGAGCACAAAGGAUAUGGCCUUCUCAAUUUACUCAUGUACACUAGGAAUGAGAUAAACAAUUCUUUCCCGGCCUGGUAUAGUCCCACAAAGGUAGACCAAAUCUUGUCCAUCCUCAUCAAAUAUGCUCGUGACAUAGAUCCGAGAAUUAAAUACGAUGGCCAUUUGGACUCUGCUAAAAUCUGCAUGUAUCAAGCCAUUCACGGAUCCGAAAUACCAUUCGUGACGACAUUAGAACAGGCGGCAUGCUGUUAUUUCCGGCAACCGUGGGUCGUGAGAACUCCGGAAAAGGAACAGUCUGGAAUAAGAUCGUGUCCACUCCAAAAUCUUCCAACCUGGUGGUCCUACAAUUCCCUACCAGUAUCAGCGACAAGUACCUCUCCGUAUCCUGAAAGCUCACUUAAACCUCCUAUUGAACCUUCUGCUGAACCUUUUACUGAUCCUUCUAUUGAACCUCCUAUUGAACCUUCUACUGAACCUCCUACUGAUUCUUUUACUGACCUCUCUACCGAAUCUCCUAUUCGGUCUCCUAUUCGAUCACUAUAAGUACUAUUGAUCGAUCGCUAACAAUCAGUGAAGUAAAUCGACGAGGAAAACGUGUCGAAUCCAAAGAAAAUCGCGUCGCCUCCGAAGUGACAGAACGGCUAUCGGGACGAGCAUUGGACCCGACUAUCGAUCAUCGCCAACUCGUUUCGGACAUCGCUUCGCGAGGUGUGCGGUCAACGCUGCUACAUACCCAGUGGACCGAGCUAAUCGCAGCCGGUCGGGAAUCGAGGAACUCUUGAAAAAAAAAAAAA